AUCACUUCUCGUGCGGUAGACUGCUUGAACGACCGUCGCAUAGCAGAGCCGCAGAAGCACGCCUGUGAGCGCCAUCGGCCACAAGCUACCACCCUGAUCCGAGUUCUUCUUACCUCACAGACUUCGACACCCAGCCAGCAAACGGCGCGAUACCCUUUGGAUGGGCCACAAUACAGACCAGGAAGAAGACGCGAUUACAGUACGAGCCGUAGCGGCCUUGGUGUCUUUGAUGCCCAGCACCCGCACCAUGGAAGACUUUGUGAGCGAGUCCGAUAGCGACUACACUAGCUAUUGGAGGGACUGGUUCAUCUCGUCCCGCGGCAACGAGUACUUUUGCGAAAUCGACGAGGAUUACCUCACCGAUCGGUUCAACUUGACCGGCCUUAACACGGAGGUCCAGUACUAUCAAUACGCCCUCGACCUGGUCACCGACGUCUUCGACCUCGACUGCGACGACGACAUGAGAGAAACCAUUGAGAAAUCCGCCCGUCACCUGUACGGCCUCGUCCACGCACGCUACAUUGUCACAACACGAGGCCUGCAAAAGAUGCUCGAAAAGUACAAAAAGGCCGACUUUGGCAAAUGCCCUCGCGUCAUGUGCCAAUCCCACCCUCUUCUGCCCAUGGGCCUCUCCGACGUGCCCCAGCCUCAAGCCCGUCAAGCUCUACUGCACCCGCUGCGAAGACAUUUACAACCCAAAGUCGUCGCGCCACGCCGCCAUCGACGGCGCCUACUUUGGCACGUCCUUCCACAACGUCCUCUUCCAGGUCUACCCCACGCUCGUGCCCGCCAAGAGUAUCGAGCGAUACGUACCCCGUGUGUACGGCUUCAAGGUGCACGCCUCCGCGGCCCUCAUACGUUGGCAGAACCAGAAGAAGGACGACAUGCGACGCCGCCUGCGCAAGAUGGACGUCGAGGUCGGGUUCAGGGACGACAACAUGGAUGACCUCGAGGAGGAGAGCGGAGAUGCAAGAGUGACUGUCGUUCAGGAUGCCACUGGACAAAACGCAAUGGCGUGAGCGGCUGAGGGGACGGAUCAUGUAGUUUCCCCCUCGUGGAAUUAGUAAUGACGUUAUGAACGUUUUCCCUUGGCGCGGCCAGGAGUCCCGUCCGAGGCACAUCCCGAACCGUUCAAGAAAGGGCCAGGAAGACGUCUCUACGAUGUGGAGCACGGGGGGGUUGUUUAACGCCUUCAAUACAACGCAACAUUUUUUUUUCCAA